AAGCCAUUAAAUACAGGCUGCACACUCUCCUUUUAUCAGUUUCUUGCAGGACUUGACUAGAACAUAGUUACGUUGCUGUCAUCAUGGCGUAUGACACUAAUAUGAGGUUUAAAUUUUCUAUAUUGGCCAUCGGACUCCAGAUCCUGCUCAUAGUCUUAUUUGGGAUAUUUGUGCGAUACGACACGCAGGGGCACGCGACUUCUCAAAACGCCACUCGCAGUGAGUUUGUUGACUUGUAUCCGUUCUUUCAAGAUGUGCAUGUCAUGAUCUUCGUGGGUUUCGGGUUCUUGAUGACCUUUUUGAAAAGAUAUGGAUUCAGCAGCGUCGGCAUCAACUUACUUAUUGCAGCUUUUGGUCUUCAGUGGGGAACACUAAUGCAAGGACUGUGGCACUUACAUGGGGGGAAGAUUGAAAUUGGCAUCAAAAGUAUGAUAAAUGCGGACUUCAGCACCGCUACAGUGUUAAUUUCUUUCGGAGCUGUGCUGGGGAAGACGAGUCCACUGCAGAUGCUUAUUAUGGCCAUAUUUGAGAUAACCAUAUUUGCAUGUAAUGAACAUCUUGUGGCCUUCCUUGGGGCUACAGAUGUUGGUGCAUCUAUGGUCAUUCACGCAUUUGGAGCAUAUUUCGGAUUGGCUGCUUCAGCUGUUCUGUAUCGAUCUGGGCUGAAAAAUGGACAUGAACAUGAAGGCUCUGUUUAUCACUCAGAUUUAUUUGCGAUGAUUGGAACCCUCUUUCUGUGGAUGUUUUGGCCAAGCUUUAAUUCAGCCAUUGCUGAUCAUGGAGCAAACCAAGAGAUGGCCAUUAUUAACACUUACUUCUCGCUGGCGGCCUGUGUGCUUACUGCUUAUGCCUUCUCCAGCUUGGUAGAACACAAAGGAAAGUUUGACAUGGUUCAUAUCCAGAAUGCCACCCUGGCUGGAGGUGUCGCAGUAGGUACCUGUGCUGACAUGAAUAUUGGACCUUUUGGAGCAAUGACUAUUGGUUUUCUUGCUGGAAUAAUCUCUACUUUGGGAUUCAAGUUCUUAACUCCAAUUUUCGCUUCCAAGCUUCGGAUUCAAGACACAUGUGGUGUACACAACCUGCAUGGUUUACCAGGAAUUUUAGGUGGGAUCGCAGGUGUUGUAGCCACAGCCGUUGGGGCGAAACCCAACUAUUCUCCUGUUAUUCAAGGAGCUGCUUUGGCUGCCACCUUUGCUGUCGCUGUUGUUGGAGGUGUCAUUACAGGCUUCAUAUUAAAGUUGCCAUUCUGGGGGCAACCACCUGAUCAGAACUGCUAUGAUGAUACCAUAUACUGGGAGGUUCCCCUUGAGGAGGAAGAACCUGAAAACCAUUAUCAGGGAGAACAUGGCAAAAUCAGAGUUGAUGCAUAAUGUCACCACAGUAUCUCUUCUGGAAAAAAAAGAAAACCAUAGGCUUUAUACAAAAUAGAUAGGUCUGAAAGUCAUCUAAUAAGCUUGUUAUAUGUUAGUUAUGACCCUGAAUUCGGCAGUUACUAAAGGUACCAUACUUUAUGCUAUUUUAUAAUAGAUACCAUUGACCUCUGAAGUAUCACAGAUGCUUCCUUCUUUAAUUAUAAAACAUUGUCUGGAGCAAACUGGGGCUAAUCUAUUGUGUAUAAAGCCAUGAAGUGAGUCUCCAUCAAAGCAUUAUGUAAUUUUUAGAUUCAACAUUACUUGCUGAUUACUUUUAUAAUUUUUUUUUUUUUUUUUUGUGGUCAGAGAUCAGUUGUUAUUAUAGAUUCCCAAACUCCUUGCCAAAACUGUGAAUAAAUAACAAAAAAAAAAUCAUAAUUACCUACAGCUACCAUUAGGGGGAGCUUAAAAGUUUAAUGCAUACUGUGUUAUCAUGAAGUCCAAUGUAUAAACUGUAAACAGUAAGCUUCUAAGCUCCCUCUAGUGGCAGCCAGAAUAUUUUAAUUUUAGUUCUAUGCAAAGGAUUUGGAACCCUGACCGCUUUAACGAUAUAUUAAAAAAUAAAUCAGAAUUUUGCAUCUA